AUGCGAGUUUUCUGCGCUGCCAACACUACUCCCGUCACCACUCUCCUUUCAAAAGAAGCAAAGGAGCAGCAGCUGGAAGCGAGAAAAGCACUUACUGCAAUAUUUAAGUCGAUCUUGUUUCUUGGUCGCCAAGGCCUAGCAUUGAGAGGACACUCGUCUUCUGGUGGCAACUUCGAAGCUCUGCUGAAGUUACUCUCAGACUAUGUUCCUCCCUUGAAAAAGUUCCUCGAACGAAAGAAAAAAUUCACAUCACAUGAUAUCCAGAAUGAAAUGUUGCAGAUUGCGGCACACAAGAUUUUGAGAAGCAAAUUAGAAACAAUCAGAGAAAAUCAAACGUUUUCUCUUAUUAUUGAUGAGGCUUCUGAUGAGAGUGUCAAGAAGCAACUUUCAGUGUCAGUGCGUACUGUUGAUGAGGAUCUUGUUGCUACUGAGAAUUUUCUUGGGCUGUACGAGGUUUCAUCGACCACUGGUGAAGCUCUCACUAAAAUAGUUGAGGAUGCGUUGCUUCGUUUUCAAUUGCCUAUUAGUAGCUGUCGUGGGCAGUGCUAUGACGCUGGAAGUAACAUGCGAGGAAGAGUUAAAGGGCUGCAAGCAAGACUGAAAGAGCUAGAGCCGCUUGCACUUUAUGUGCAAUGUUUUAAUCACAGUCUCAACCUUGCUCUUCAAGAUUGUGCUAAAAAGGUACCUGAUGCUGGAGUUAAGAUAUUAAAUUAA